CCCUGGCCUUGUUUUUAUUUGACUGCGUCUUCUCCCUUGGAAGCAUGCGUUGUCGCUGACUCUGACGCUCCAAUUGCUUCUCCUCUGUCCUCCCGCUUUCGAUUGACCGUUUCCCCUGACUUGUUCGCCAUGACUUUUUCCUCUACCACCACCACCACCGCCCCCGCCGCUGCUAACGGGGCAGACGUUGCCGAACAACGGAGACGUAUACACCACGAGGCCGAUGUCGUGAUUAUUGGAGCCGGCGUGCUGGGGUGUGCCCUGGCGGUAGCGCUAGGGCGUCAGGGCCGCAGCGUGAUUCUGCUGGAGGCGUCGAUGAAGGAACCGGACCGCAUUGUCGGCGAGCUGUUGCAGCCGGGCGGGGUGCGGGCGCUGGAGCAACUAGGACUGCGCGACUGCUUGGAGGAGAUCGAUGCGAUCAAAGUGGCGGGCUACUUCGUCACGUACAUGGGCGAGGAGGUCGACAUUCCGUACCCGGUGGCUUCGCCGACGGCGGUCCCGCCGGAGGGACGGUCGUUCCAUCACGGGCGGUUUGUGAUGAGGCUGCGUGCUGCGGCGCUGGCUUGUCCUAAUGUGACGGUCGUGGAGACCAAGGCGACGGCGUUGAUCACCAGUGAUAACUCGGAUCAAGUGCUUGGCGUGGAGUGUAUGGGCAGCGGCGGCAGCAGCAGCAGCAAAGAAGACGAAAAGAAGGACUGUUACUUUGGCCAUAUGACUGUUGUGGCGGACGGUUAUGCGUCCAAGUUCCGCAAGCAGCAUCAUCAACACACACCCAAGGUCAAAUCCAAGUUCUGGGGUCUGGAGCUGAUUGACGCGAAACUGCCCCGGCCAAACUGCGGCCACGUCCUGCUGGACGACCACCGCCCGCCGAUUCUCAUCUACCAGAUCGGCACGCACGAGACGCGCAUCCUGGUCGACAUCCCCGAGAACCUGCCGUCCGCCUCGGUCAAGAACGGCGGCGUCAAGGGCCACCUGCGCAACGUCGUCCUGCCCUCCCUCCCGGAAUGCGUGCAGCCGUCGUUCCGCGCCGCCCUGGAAAAGGGUCAGCUGCGCUCCAUGCCCAAUUCCUUCCUCCCAGCCUCCACCAACAAGACCCCGGGCCUCGUCAUCCUAGGCGACGCCCUCAACAUGCGCCACCCGCUCACCGGAGGCGGCAUGACCGUCGCCUUCAACGACGUCGUCGUCCUCCGCGACCUGCUCAGUCCAGAGCGCGUCCCGGACCUCGCAGACACCCACCGUGUCGGUAAACAGCUUGCUUCCUUUCACUGGAAGCGCAAGAACGGCUCUUCCGUCAUUAACAUCCUCGCCCAGGCUCUCUACAGCCUUUUUGCUGCUGACGAUGACAACCUUCGCGCCCUCCAACGCGGCUGCUUCGCCUACUUCAAACUCGGCAUGAUCGAGGGCCCCGCCGGCCUCCUCGCCGGCCUCAUCCAGGAACCCUUCGUGCUCGUCUCGCACUUCUUCUCCGUCGCCUUCCUCUCCCUCUGGCUGCUCUUCAAGCAGUCCCCGCUCCUCCGUCUCCCUUUGGUCCCCUUCCAGUGUCUGCUGGUCUUCUGGACCGCCUGUAUCGUCAUCUUCCCCUACAUGCUCGCCGAGUUACGGAGCUAAAAUCCCUUAUUCUAUUUUUAUUUUGUUCUUCUUCUUUUCUCUUUUGUUCCCCCUCAUGACUGCUGUUUUGUAUCUCCCUUCCUGUAU